UCCAGAUUCCAAUGAGGAGGUUGGACUUUUUCUAACCAGGCAGAAUACCCCCACUCAACCUGUACAGCCACAUGAGAGACUUGUAACCUAAGAUCCAGUGUUUUAUAUUAAAAAUAUAAAGUCGCAUAAGAAUCAAAUUCAUCAUCUGGGGACUCCCAGGAUUCCAGUUCAGUAUCAAGAUGUAGGGCAUUCUGAAACUCAGGUGCCCAGGAUAGAGACUGAACUUCAUGCAGUGCCAAGGAAGACUGUCGCUCCCCCUCCAAAGCACCCCAAAAUGACACAUCCACCUCUAGACCAUUUUCAUUCUCAGCAUCCAAACCCACCUCAACCUACAAGUGAGCAUUUCACAUGGACUUUUCUGUAAUUCAACAAUCAGCUACAAUGGCUAAACAUUCUGCCCAUAUAAAGAAGACCCCAGUUCAGCCUACAGGGCUGCCUAAGGAAAUUGUAGCUCAGUCUCUAGCACAUGGGGUGAAGGUUCUAACAUCAGUUCCAGAUCAAGCUCGGUAUCCAAAGUCACCAAUGAUAAAGGCUGCACAUUUUAAAGUCCCAGAGACUGUAUAUCCUCAUCCAAAGUACUCUGAGGUGACAUUUCCACCUCCGGAUGAGGUUCAGCCUCAGUAUCUAAGCUCAACUGAAGUCACAGAUCAACCUUUGACUCCAGAACUUACCAUAACUCCAUAUUCUGAAAAUUCGAAUACAGAAAAAUAUUUGCCUGUGGAACAAAAUGCCUCCAUGACUACCAACAUGUGUGCACUCUGUACCUGCCAAAAUGGGACACUGUUGUGUAUUGAUCUCAGUCCAGCGCAGCGGCUCCUCCAAGUGCCUGUGCCAGAACCCAGCACCUACAAUGGCACCUUCACCAUCUUAAAUUUCCAAGGAAAUGAUAUUUCUUAUAUUGACAAAAAGGUAUGGAAAGCACAUCAAUGGACUGAGAAACUUUGAUGCAGCUAUAAGGAA